AUGGUGAUUGGCAUGAGUUCAGCUCAGGCACUCGACUACGACUGCCAUGUGCAGCAACAGGAUAUUCCACAGGCCAUACAGCUGCUCGGUGAAAUGAACAGCAAUGUUAAGCAAGUCACCGAUCUGGUAGAGAGCAUGCUGCAGCGUGUAAAACGUGGAGAACUAACAACAGAAUAUGGCCUAAGCUUUCUCGAGGUCAAGUAUCACAUGCUACUCGAUUAUUUGAUAAAUCUUACAUAUGUUGUUUUGCGGAAAUGUUCCGGCGAAACCAUCGAAGGAGAUCCAUCCAUUGAGCGACUCAUUGAAAUACGCACGGUAUUGGAGAAGAUACGACCCAUCGAUCACAAGCUGCGCUAUCAAAUUGAUAAAUUGGUGAAGACAGCCACCACAGGAGUAUCGAGUAGUUCCGAUCCAAUUUUAUAUAAGCCCAAUCCCGAUAAUAUGCUUACAAACGCUGGCGGUGAGGAGAAUGCUGUGGAUGAUAUUGAAGAUGCUACAGAAAAUUCCGAAUCAGAAAGUGAUGAUGAAGACGACGAGGGUGAGACUGGCGUCAAGAAACCGAAGAAAGGUGCUACUGCGGGUAAAUCUGGCAUAUAUGUGCCGCCUAAAAUUAAGCCAGUCUACUAUGAUGGCGAUGAGAAGUCCGCUGAUAAGGAUAAGAAAAUGAUUGAGCGUGCCAAGAAGCGUGCGAUUACGGCCUCAAUGCUACAAGAUCUAAAGGAGGAGUAUCUCGAUGCACCCACGGAACUUUCGUCUGGCUCGCGCGCACAACAGUUGCUCUCCAAGCAGCAAAAAGAAAAACAGGAAUAUGAAGAAACCUAUUUGACACGCCUGCCGGUGACUAAAGCGGAAAAGCAUCGUCAACGCAAGUUGACUACGCUAGGUACUCUUGGCGAUGAGAUACUUGGUGAGAUUAGUCGCGAUCCGGCGUUACGUGGUGAAGCUUCGACUGGUGGCAGCAAAAAACGCAAAUUGAAGGGUAAGGGUAAAAAGCGUGGCGGUAAAAAGCGGAAGUUUCAUUAAAGAAUAAAAAUAAUUGAGAAAGCAAACAAUCGCAUGCGAAAAUUACAAAACAUAUAUUGAACGACAAGUAUAAAAUUAAGAAAGUAAAAAAAAAUAAAGAAAUAAGAAAAAAA